UUGCCUGAAAAUCUCUCGUUUUCUAUCAUUCUCCCAUCCUGCAGGCCUGAGCCCAGACAGAGACCCAGAGAAAUGUAAACAAACGCAGAGUCAGACUUGAUAUACGGGUGAAUUUGUUGCUUUUUAGAGGGGCAAUGGAUCUGUACAUGAGUGAGGUGGCGAGGGGCGUGGCCAGGGGGCGGCUAGCAGCGUGUGCCACCAGGGAAAUGUGUAUGAACAUAAAAAAAGGCGCCUGUCAAGAAAGGUUCGUUCGGUGCAAGGAGUUGGCACAGGAGGCGUCUGAGGCUGUGCAGAGCGGCCGUCUGAACCUGGUGCCACAGCUGCACAGGAGGGCAUGGCAUAGCUGGCUGGACAACAUCACAGACUGGUGUGUCUCCCAGCAACUCUGGUGGGGCCACAGAAUGCCAGUGUACCACAUCACUGCAGCAGACGGCCGGGAGGUGUGGGUGGCAGCUGCUCGGAGGAAGAUGCAAGGCGGAAGGCUGUGGAGAAGGAAGACUGUGCUGCUGCAUGGCCUCCUGUGUGAUGGUGGCGGCCACAAGACAUCCAAGUCCUGGGGCAAUGUGAUAAACCCCCUGGAUGUGAUCAGUGGGGCGUCCCUGGAGGUACUGUGUGAGAGGAUGGAGGGGAGCCUGAAUACAGAAGAGGUACUCACUGGUAUCAGGAGGAACUUCCCCACAGGCAUCCCAGAGUGUGGAGCUGAUGCCCUUUGGUUCACCCUGUGCUCCACCAACUUCAAUACUGCACACCCCGUCCUGCAGCCUCAAGGCACUCACCUCUCCUUUUCCAGUCAUGGGUGCCUUGCCUCCUCCUUGCAACACCACCACCACCGCCACCACUGCUGCCAUCACCUACGAGGGGGAGAGACUGUGAUGUGGCUGCGGGUGGCUAGGUUCGGAGGCCUCCAGAGAGCUGCCCAGAGUGAAGCUUGUGGUAUAGAGGGACAGCUGCUGAUCAUCAAGCUUACAUAGUGACUGGAGGAAAGUGGGAGGAGCCUGGAUGGAGUGAUGGAGGUACAGUACUUGGAGAAAAUCCCUUCACCAUGACAACUGGGUGUCUGCUGUACAGGCCACUGAGCAAUGGCCUGAGCCCAGACCGAGACCCAGAGAAAUGUAAACAAACGCAGAGUCAGACUUGAUAUACGGGUGAAUUUGUUGCUUUUUAGAGGGGCAAUGGAUCUGUACAUGAGUGAGGUGGCGAGGGGCGUGGCCAGGGGGCGGCUAGCAGCGUGUGCCACCAAGGAAAUGUGUAUGAACAUAAAAAAGGCGCCUGUCAAUAAAGGUUCGUUUGGUGCAAGGAGUUGGCACAGGAGGCGUUUGAGGCUGUGCAGAGCGGCCGUCUGAACCUGGUGCCACAGCUGCACAGGAGGGCAUGGCAUAGCUGGCUGGACAACAUCACAGACUGGUGUGUCUCCCAGCAACUCUGGUGGGGCCACAGAAUG